AUGCAGACGGCUCCCUGCGUGGAGACCUUUUGCUGCAUGCAAGAGCUCUGCAUGACAGGCGAGCACGCAUCCCGACGCGAAACGUCGAGCACGGAAGACAUGGAGGGCGCGAGCGUGAGCGCGAGCUACAGGGUGUACUGGCAAGCGGGUGCGGGGAUCGUGUCGGGCUCUGCGUUGCCCGCGAUACGCAUUCCAUGGCGUGAGGGUGCGUACGUCGCCAACAUUGUGUUCGGUGGUGGGGCUUCGAGCCGUGCGUGCUCUGUGGCUAGUCCCGUCAGCCAACCUCCUACUAUGAGCCACGCUGACUGGCAAGCGUCGGACGCACGUGGAACCAAGCCGUGCCACUCCGUCUUUGCCUGUGUCCGCUAG